AUGAGCAAAAUUUCACUUAAAUUAGGGAACAAAACUUUGAAAAAGAACGUUUCCAAGAAAACGAAAAAAAAAACCUCUUCACAGAAGGUCAAUUUAUUUAAUUGGGAUAAUGCAGAAAUUACAAGCCUUCCGCAUAAAUCUCAGAGUAAGAUAAAGAUUCAAAGUAUUGAUAAAUUCGACCUUGAUGAAAAAUCAUCCUCUGAAAAGAAACUAGUGAUCAAACUGAGUGAAAAUGCGGACGCAAAGAAAAACGAUGCCCCUUUGGUGGAAUAUGUGACUGAAAAAGAAUAUAGCGAGGUACCUAUCGAGGAAUUUGGAGAUGCAUUACUUCGGGGUAUGGGAUGGGAAAGUGACUCUGAGGAGGAUGCUAAAGGAGAUAAUGCACAGAACAGAAGCAAAGAUAUUCCAAAUGCCUCGCGGAUACAUCCGGAUGGACUGGGGAUUGGCGCCAAAUUAAAUAAGGCAAUAAACGUGGAAGAGGCCUCAUUUAUGCCGGUCGUAAAAAUCGAUAAAAUGACGGGCAGCAAAGUUGAUGGCGAUAAAAAGAAUAAGUCACGAUAA